GUGGAAGUCUUUGCGUUUCAGGCAGAAAUAGCCAAGCUGAUGUCCUUGAUCAUCAACACUUUUUAUUCCAAUAAGGAAAUCUUUCUCAGGGAACUGAUUUCCAACGCAUCCGACGCUUUGGAUAAAAUCCGGUAUGAGAGCUUAACUGACCCAAGUAAACUGAAUUCUGGAAAGGAUCUGAAGAUCAAUCUUGUUCCUAACAAGCAUGACCAUACCCUGACUAUUAUAGACACGGGUAUUGGGAUGACCAAAGCGGACCUGGUGAACAACUUGGGUACGAUUGCCAGGUCUGGCACCAAAGACUUCAGGGAAGCCUUGCAGGCUGGAGCAGAUAUCUCCAUGAUUGGUCAGUUCCGUGUUGGCUUCUACUCUGCCUAUCUGGUUGCGGAGAAAGUGACUGUGAUCACCAAGCACAAUGACGAUGAACAGUAUGCCUGGGAGUCUUCAGCUGGGGGCUCGUUCACUGUCAGGCCGGACCAUGGUGAGCCUCUAGGCCGUGGUACAAAAGUUAUUCUGCUUCUGAAGGAAGGCCAUUUGGAGUUCUUGGAGGAGAGACGACUCAAGGAGAUAGUCAAUAAGCAUUCACAGUUUGUUGGCUAUCCAAUAACACUCUUUGUAAGUAUUCUUCUGAUGAAACAAUCAAGCAUAAAUAACCAGAGAGAAUAUGAGUGUCAGAAAGAAGAGAGCGACGAAGGAAAAAGGAAGCCUAAAGAGAAGCUAAAGGCUGAGUAUCUUCGCUGUGGGGAAGAAAAGAGAGAAAGUGGCCAGAAGAAGAAGAGAAUAAUCAAGGAGAAAGUUAUUGUUCCAGAACAGCUCAACAAGACCAAACCAAUCUGGACCAGGAACCCAGAGGACAUUACCAAUGAGGAAUAUGGAGAAUUCUACAGGAGCCUGACCAAUGACUGGGAAGACCACCUGGUGGUAAAACACUUUGCAGUGGAAGGACAGCUAGAAUUCAAAGCUCUUCUGUAUAUCCCAAGACGUGCACGUCUAGAUCUCUUUGACACUAGGAAGAGGAAGAACAUCAGGCUAUAUGCGCGCAAGGUGUUCAUCAUGGAAAACUGUGAAGACCUUGUGCCUAAAUAUCUGAACUUCAUACAGGGUGUGGUCGAUUCAGAAGACCUGCCUCUCAAUAUCUCCCGUGAAAGUCUACAGCAGAUCAAGAUUCUGAAAGUAAUCAAGAAGCAUUUGGUGAAGAAAUGCUUUGAGCUCUUUGCUGAGCUGGCAGAAGAUAAAGAAAAGUACUUGAUUUUCUACGAGCAGUUUUCCAGAAAAAUAAAGCAUGGUAUACAUGAUGAUCCCCAGAACAACCGUAAACUAUCAGAGUUGUUGAGAUACUACACAUCUGCUUCCAUGGAUGAGAUGGUGUCCCUGAAAGAUUACUGUGAACGGAUGAAGGAGAACCAGACGUUAAUAUACUACCUUGCUGGUGACAGCCUAGAGCAGGUAGCCAACUCUGUGUUUGUGGAGCGCCUCUGUAAGUGUGGCUUGGAGGUCAUCUACAUGACGCAGCCCAUGGACGAGUAUUGCAUGCAGCAGCUGAAAACCUUUGAGGGCAAAACCUGCUUUUCUGUUGCUGAAGUCGGGCUCGAGCUGCCAGAAACCAAAGAGGAGAAAGCCGUGCUGGAGAGGAAGAAAGCAAAGUUAGAGAAGCUCUGCAAGAUCAUAAAAAAGAGGCUGGAAUCCAAAAUAGAAAAAGUUGUAGUCUCCAACCGACUGGUGACUUCUCCCUGCUGUAUUGUGACCACUUCGUAUAACUGGACUGCCAAUAUGGAAAGGGUUCUGAAGGCACAAGUGUUUAAGUACUUCAGCACAAUGGAUUACACGUCUUCCAAAAAGUUCAUGGAAAUAAAUCCUGAUGAUGGCAUUAUUGAGAUACUGAGACAGAAGGCAGAAAUGGAUGAGAAUGACAAGGGUAUGAAAGACUUGCUCAUCCUUCUGUACGAGACGGCUCUCCUGUCAUCUGGCUUUGUUCUAGAGAAUCCCCAGAUACACGCUGACCGUAUCUAUAAAAUAAUCAGAUACGGUCUAGGUAUUAACGAACCAACACGAACAUCUAGUCUUGCAGCUGUUAGGAAGAAGCCGGCAAAAAUGGAAGAAGUUGAUUAAAACAGCUUUCUUGAUCAACUCCUACUGUGCUUAAGUUUGCCAAGCAACGUACCUGUGCUGUAAACAUGUUUUUUUACCUCCUCAUAUCCUGGUCUUGUCAAUUGGCACUAACCAAAGCUGCUACUACUCUUUGCCUUAUGCUGCUUGAUUAGUAUCAAUAGAGUUGAAAGCAAGCAGCUAAACAAGUUCCCCUUUUGGUCUUAUUUUAAUAAGAAAUGAAAUGGCUUUUAGCCUCAUCAUA